AUGCAGAAAUUGCUUUGUAAACGGAGAAUACAGAUGCGUAGACUUAAGAAACCGGUUUUGGCGACGUCGGAAGCAACGUUGCUCAUAGCCGUUCUCUUUGAAGCUCUAAUAUUGUUUGAACGGCAAUCGUCCCCAAAGGACAAGGCGCAAUUCAAUACCGCCAUUCAUCAAAAUCCGGAACUCACGCCAUCAGAAAAGUUCAACUAUCUGCGAUCAGCGCUGACCGGCGAUGGAGCAGCCGCCAUCGGUGGACUGCACCCGACCGCUGAGUGUUACGCGGACGCCAUCGAGCUCCUGCAGCAGCGGUUCGGGAAGCAAGAGACGCUCAUCCAGAACCACAUGGAAAGUCUCAUGGACAUACAGCCAGUGCCACCACAACGAAACACCCGAGCCCUACGGCGUUUAUACGACACUCUACAGGCGCACAUCAGAGGCCUUAGAGCGUUAGGGGUGGGCGAGGAGCAAGUCCACCUGAGGGCUCUGCGGUUUCUCCGGGACUUUCUACGCAUCGAGGUGGAGAGCCGCGAAAGGACAUCAAAACACCAGCUGGAAGACGUCGUCGGUAAGCCCAGACCUCCUUCUCUGACGCAUGGCUUUGUGAAGAGGUCAACGAUCAACGCUCAGACUCGCAGCUCUACCGCGGCGGCAUUGAACGGCAGCGUGGACGGCUUAGAGUGCUUCCUUUGCAAAUCAAAAGCGCACGGAACACCGGAAUGUAACGCAAGAAUCGGGCUAGCGGAAAAGAAGCGUAGGUUGCAAGCAGACCGGAGGUGCUUCCGCUGCACGAAGGCCAAUCACAUGGCAAGAUUAUGUCGUGGAGCACCCAGCUGUGGCAAAUGUCAAGGCGGGCACGCGUCCACCAUGUGCAACCCGAAUCACGCGCCGGGAAAAACGUCCACCAGAUUGAAUGAGACGAAACCGAAGGAACCGGCACCGGUCGCCAUGCAUGUACGUGGUAGGAACAGUAAGCCGGCAGUGCUCCUACAAACGCUUACUGCGUGGGCAGAAAGUACAAACAAAAGGAAGCUUGCCCGUAUUAUCUUCGACAGCGGCAGUCAGCGCUCCUUCAUAACUGAAGAACUGUCUCAGCGACUGGACUGCAAAUUGCUCGGGACAGAGAUCCUCACAAUAGGCGUGUUCGGGGGCGAAAGCACUGAACGUACGUUUCGCAGGGUUCAAGUGACUUUGCGAGACCAACUCUACAACAAAAGAUAUGACAUCGACGCUCUUGAGACACCUAUCAUAUGUGAGCUGGACCUUCCGAGCCCAGAUGAAGCCAUCGUGGCAACAUUAGAGGAACUCGGCUGUCCCGUGGGAGACAACAUGGCCGGUCUGGAAGAAGGCGGCGUCGACAUACUGUUGGGAUCAGACCACUACUGGGGGUGCACCACAGGAAGAAUUCACCGACUGAGCGGAUGCCUGACUGCAGUAGAAGCUGCAUUCGGUUGGGCGGUCCAGGGACGGACAGGCUCGGAAACAACCAUCGUGAGUUGCUCCCAGGCGACCGUGCUAAUAGCAACGCUGCAGGAUCUAGAAACCACAUCGGUUCUCCGACAUUUCUGGGAACUAGGAAGCGUGGGAGUUACCGACCCGCCAGUAGAAAAUCCCUCGGACAGUGCCGUAAGACGAGAGUUCGGAGCCAACAUGACGAAGACCGCCGGUAGAUACGAAGUGGGCCUUCCAUGCAAAUCGGACGUCGGAGUCAAGGUCGGAGUCAAGGCGCAAAAACCCCUCGGACAAGUAGCGAACGUGCUCAAGGUGCUCGGAGUGACUUGGGAACCCAAAGAGGACAGUCUCAUGUUUUCGCCGGAGCACGUGACGAAAACUGCUUGCCACCAAGAAAAUACGAAGCGCUUCGUGCUGCAAACGAAAGCUCGCCUUUACGACCCUCUGGGAUUCUUGGCACCCUUCGUCGUGAGAGCCAAGAUCCUGUUCCAGGAAAUCUGGAAACUAAACCUGGACUGGGACGAUGUGCUACCAAAUCACCUGCAAGACGAGUGGACUGGGCGGAGCAGCGAACUUGUCGAGCUAGAAAGGGUCAAGAUCCCAAGGUUUUGCGACGACGGAUUGCUAGGUAAGGUGACCCACCGAUCAUUGCGUAUCUUCGCCGACGCGAGCACCGCUGCCUACGGAGCCAUGGUCUACCUUCGCACUACCGACGACACAGGAGCGACGACGACGACGUUAUUGCUUGCAAAAGGACGAGUUGCACCACUCGAAACUGUCAGGCUGGCGAGACUGGAACUGAUGGCCAGCUUGAUCGCCUCAAGGUUGUCCAAAUACGUUCAAACCUGCCUUCAGCUUGAGGUGAAGGACGUUCACUUCUGA